AAACACCAAAGAAGAAGGGAAAGCUACGCUCCAAAUCGUUUUCCGGGUUGAUGGAUAUGUUUGUUCCUGACUGUUAAAUUGUUGAUGGGCUGUUGAACAGGACGCUAUUGUUCAGGAUGCUGCUGGUUUUGUCUGAAGACCAUAAAGAACACCUUGCUUUCUUGCUAAAGGUUGACACCGCAGUGAUUAGAGAGUUUGGUCGCAUAGCACUGGAGUUCCUAAGGAGAGGAACCAGCCCCAAGAUCUACGAGGGAGCAGCCAGGAAGCUCUGUGUUCCUGUGGAAAUGGUGCAGCAUGGAGUGGAAGGCCUGAUGUUCUUGAUGACAGAGAGCUCCAAACACAUGCUCUCUGAAGUGGAUUUCCUGGACUCAGUGUUGGUUUUGGGGUUUGGUGAAGAGCUCAACCAGAUCCUCUUACAGCUCUACCUGGAGCAUCACAGUCAAAUCCGUAGCAUCUUGAAUCAGUUGCCCUCCAACCUGCCUGCCUACCACAACCUGGAAUGGAGACUGGAUGUACAGUUGGCGAGUCGUUCAGUCCGUCAGCAGGUCAUUCCCAUGCUGACGAUGCAUCUGCUCCUGACGAGAGGUUGUGACAUCCGCAGUGACCACAGCAGCAGGGUUCUCCAGACAGACCCUAGCACCCUCCUGCACCUUAUCUCCACACUAGAGGCUGCUCUGGCUGCCAUCAAAACCAGUCAUGCUCGCCGCAUAUUACGCAACAUCAAAUAACCCCUCAGGUCAUUUUCUGUCUAAUGUGUGCCUCCUGCCACCUGCAAAACAUCACAUUACUGCCUUUAUACCUGGAAAACAUUAAGCAGUGUUUCUGUAUUCUUCAGUGCAUUGUUAAAUGUUUCUUGACAUACAUGAUAAUAUGAUGCUGAUGAGUGUUUAAGCCCAGCAGAAGAUGGACAGUCAUUGCUGUUUUCAGUGAAAGCUGUGUGAUGUUUAUUCAAUUCAUGUUUGUAUGCUGCAUAACAAUGCUUUUUAACAGUUUAUUCAGUAUCUUGGUUGACCCUGAACCCUAUUUUGUAAAGGCACAUUAGGCUUAGUGACAACUUUGCACAGUCAAAGUAGGAUUGCGUGAACUGUGUUUACAAACGUUUCCAUGCAUAGAAUAUGAUUUAUCAGUAUCAUCUUGUAUGUUAAGAGUAUACAUAAAUUUAGAAGCACUCCUGACCAUGCAUAAGCAGAUACCCCUUGUGAAGAAGAUAAUUUCAAUGAUACAUACAAAAUGCAAACUGUCAACUUCAUUUGCAUCAUUGUUGAAAUUAGUCAACAAAGGUGCUACCAAAUAAAGUUCACAGAUGAGAGAUGGUUAAGGUUAAUUUAAUAGAAGUAAAAUCAUACACCUAGAUUUUGUUUACCAAGGCCAAUCUCACUUGAUCUGUGCCAGCAGCUCGAGCCAGCAAGUUGAAACAUAACUUAAAAUAUGAGACUUUCUUGGUUGCCUAUAACAACCUGUGGACUGAAUUGUAUGUACAGGACUCGGGUCGAUUUUUCCGGGAAAAUUCAAAGGGCGUUUAUGCACGCUCCUGAAUGCCUUCUCUCUCAGCUUCCACACAGUGUCAAAAGUGUGUUACCUGGACACUAGCUAACGUCAACAAAUGACCGGCACCCACUACAACACAGAGUCCAACACAAAGUCCAAAGUCAAAGCUAACAUUACUGCAAAGCAUUUGAAUUAUAUUGUGAAAUUGUGGUUUUAGCUGGCAAAUAUUAGUUUGCUUGCUAAUGCUGACAAACUGGUAGCUAGCUAAUGCGAAAUACUUCCUUGGGUGGAUAACCUCAGUUUAUUCAUCCAGACUCCAGUGGCUGAUCUGGCUGGUAAAUUGGAUGGCUUGCCGUUUACAGGUUACUUUGACGGCUGGCGUUGUGGGGCGCCCACAACUAGGUUGUAGCUGGCUGCUAACAUUAGCUUGCUUGCUCGAUAACGUUAUUGCUUACAAAAUACUAUCUGAGUGGAAAUGUUAUUUGACUAGCUUGCCAAAUUACUUAACCAGCUAAUGUGAUCCAUGAUACUAAAAUGAUACCAACUUCUGUAUUAAGACAAACUGUGUUGAUUUUAGCCAACAAUAAUUGAUGUAAUUGUACAAAGCAUAACCUUUGCUUAUACACCUUUGUUUUUGUACUAGCCAAGAGCGAUGGAAGGCAGGGGCGGCAUGGCGACUUUGACUUUUCAGACCCUCUUGGCAACUUUAUUUCUAAAAGGCGACUAGGGACUUAGCUACUUAUUCAGUCUAUCAGUGAAAAGGUGAGAAAUAUUACAUUAUAAUUCAUUCCCAUGCAUGCUGUGUGGCUCUUCUGCCAACAGCGCGGCUCUUCUUGCACUGUGUGCAUGCAGUCAGAGGGGCAGGCAGCUUCUCUUUCACUCUCUAAAUUUCUGGAUUAGGAUGUUUUAGCUUGUAAAUUUGUAAAUAGUUCGUUUGAGCUUUUCUCUCACUCUUCCUCUCAAAGGUUUAGGCAAAAGAUUGCACGAUGACGUCAUCAAUAUGCAAAUUAGCAUAUGAUGUCAUCUGGCGACUUUUGGAGCUAGCGCUAGCUACUUUCAUUGGAAAAGAGUUGGCAACACUGGUUGGCCGGUUGGAUGUGGCUUGGCUGCAGGGUGUGUGCGUGGCGUUGGUUGCUUCGUGGUGUUGGCUGAAGGGGUGAUUUGCAAACGCCAAGCUAGUUAGUAUCAUGGAGCCAAUGGUCCAAAUAAAAUAUAGGAACAUUACAGAUAGUAACAUUAUUCUAAAUAUGAUUAUAAUUGAUUUUCCAGCAUUCAGUGUUAAUUUCAGUGUCACUUUUGACCGAUGCCUAUGAUGAUGCUCACUUGCGCCUACGGAGCGCGAGCAACAGGAUGCUGACUGCGGUUCAGUUAAUGGCCAAAUGUGUCAUUAUUAGGAAUGGCAUACCAUUAAAAGACAUGCCAUAUACCCUGACGACGACAUGCCAUGUAUUUGAUCCAGCACUCAAUGUUGCAGCAGUACAAUUUAGGCAUGGGAUAAUCCAACGUGUUCAGGUGCGUUUUAUUUUAACACAAUACUUAUUUUUUAAACUCAAAUACAGUAAUGCACUCCAACUUCUGUGGGGUCUAUUUAUUUAUUUUUUUAAAGGGAAAACCAUUUGUUGCAGUGUGGAAUUAAGUUGUUUUAAAUUUACAUUGAUUUCUUUCAGUUCUUCUCUGAUGCCGGCAGAGAAUAAUUUAAGAUUAAGAUUGAUUAAUAUACAACUGUUAAAAGAGAUGACAUUAAAAUAGAAAUAGUUAGCACUUUCUGAUGGCCCACCCUCCUCUGUGUUUGUGGAGUUUCACCAUGGCACUCAGUAUGACCAUCAGGGAUGAUUUCUUUCAAGGAUGCCUCACCAAUUAUUGAAGAGUUUUUCUCUAUACAGCCGAUAUUGGCGAAGUGGAUUGUCCUGUGUACACCAGUUAUUUUGUAAUUUAAUUUAAAGUCAAAACACUUCUUUUUGACUUCUGAAUUUCCUCAUUUCAGGCGACACAGUGUUGACUUGUUUUGUUACCUGCGCCCAAGCCAUGUGCUUUUUCCUUUUUGAUAGUCCUCCAGUGAAGGUGCCAAAUAAAACAGAUUUAUUAUGUGCUGCUUAGUUAAUUAAGACCACUACCUCCCCAGUAAAGUUUCUUUUGGUCUUGCACGAACACAGUCAUAAAGAGUGUGUGGGAUUUAUCAUUGCUGAUGACACACAGCUGUGCGUAUGCUGUGUCAUCGGCCCUGUGUACAUAAAUACCUAUUUUCUUGAGCAUAUUGGUGGUUCUUAUGCACAGAUGUAGAACUCUUAUACACAGUUUGAUAAAUGAAGCCCCAGGUGUACACAGAUUGUACCUUGCCUGUGUUUUUAUUUAAUCUAAUGAGAUUAGCCUACUCAUUGGCCGACUACUGUGGUCUUCGCUAUGCUUUUUUAAAAUAUUUUAAAUCAGUAUCCACAAUGACAAGCAGUCUUAACAUACUGUGCUGAAACAUAAAAACGUGUUAUUCAUAAGGCAGAUAAAUCACUAUAAGCAAUUUAUUUCUCACUAAGAGCUAUUAAACACUGGUGGGCCAAACCAACAAUGUGUUAGUCCAUCUAAUUAAAACUUUCAGACUUCCCUACUCUGUCUGUGGUACGCUAUUCUAAACCCAUUGGUUCCCCUGGAUACACAAACAAUACUGAUAUAGAAUUUAAUUUUAAAAUUGUAGAAAACAAAGAGGCAACAAUAAGGUACACAAAAUACUUAGUCAUCAAGGAACAAAUGAGGAACAAAUCAGAAAUGACCUGAUAAUUGAUGAAUCCCUAAUGAGUAAUUCCAGAACACUAGGGUUUAGUACUUUGUAGUGAGUUUAACGUACAAUUCUUGUAAUUUCUAUCACUUUAAUAUUAUAAAAUAUUUUCUCUGUCAUCAGUAGUGUAUUUAAAUCUUCAUGAUUUUAUCCACGUAUAGCUUUGUGUUAAUUUAUCAGUAUAACAUAAUAAUAAUGAUGUAUCAGUAUAAUAUUGUAGGGUCUGUGUGUCUGUGUGUCUGUGCAUUCUUAACAAAGGUUUUCCAGAUUUCCCCCCCCGAAACAUUAAAAGAAAUCUGAGCACUAGUUCACUUACUUUAUCAUGCAAGCCCUAUACCAUAUCACUAUAAAUUCCUUUACAUGCCAGGUUUAAACCAUUUCUGGUAGCUUUAGUGAUUUUACAGUGAGCUCAACUAACUUUAGAUUAUUGUAUUAUAUUUGUUUCUAACAGAUACAAUAUUAAAUAUUCUUCAAUUAACUUAUAUUUCUCUUUUAUCAGUGCCAUAUUUUGUGACUUCAACUUUAGUUUUAAAUGAUCUAGUGACAUAUGUCCAGGGCCCUGUUUCAAAAAGCUUGUUUACUGAAAACUCUGAGUUUGUUAAGCCUGCGAUGAGGGAAACGCUGGGUUUUCCAUUCCAGGAAGUACCAUAAACUCUAGAUCAGUGACAGACUGUCCUUACCAGAAAAACUUCCAUAUAGGUAGACUGUGCCCAACCCAACAUGGCAGUUGCAGAUGGCCGCCCACCCUGAGUCUGGUUCUGCUCCAGGUUUCCUUGCCACUGUCACCAAAGUGCUUGCUCUUGGUGGGAAUUGUUGGGUCUCUGUAAAUAAUAUUAUAAAGAUUACGGUCUAACUUGCUCUAUAGGAAAAGUGGAACGAGAUAACUUCUGUUAUGAAUUGGCGCUAUAUAAAUAAAAUUUUAUUGAAAAUUUAACUGUGCAAGCAGCUUAUUAUGGCCCAUGUUUACUGUAGGAUGCCCAUUGUUUGUUAUUAUUGUUUAUUGUAGGAUGCAACCUCUAGUGGUCGUGGUAAUUAUGACGGGAGCAAACCAGGAAGUCAGGUUGCCUAAACCUUUUUUUUUUUUUUAAGGAUCUUUAUUAUAUAAUCAAAAGUCUGGCCAUUACAAUAACUAGUUGAUAACAGAGUACAAACUGUACAAAUCACAGACUGAGCACGAAGCAACUAAAAUUAAGAAAAUAAAAAUAAAUAAAAUGGGUCAGAGGUCUAAUCAGAAAUCAAUAUAUGUAUGUUUUUGUAAAUAUCCAAGGCUUUGUUUUUUAUACAUUUCAGUGCUUUCUUACAUUUUUUUAACUCAUUCAUGACAGUGGUCUGGCAUUAAUAAAUCUACAUCUCUGGAUAAAUUGUUUAGUCAUAAUAAAUCAGACUAUUGUACAUAAUUUACCUUGUUUUAUCCUCCAUUAUAACUCCAAAUAUAAUAUUAUAUUCUAAUUUGGGCAACUGAAAGUCCUUUUCAGAUAUCCAAUUUUCAACCGAUUCCCAAAAGGAUCUUGUAUAAAUACAGGCAAAGAACAAAUGUUCUAAAGUUUCAAUAUCAAAACAUACAAUUGUUGAAUCUUUGUCUCAGAAACUCGAUACAAGGAUAAAUAUCAUUUAUCAUUUCAGUUUCUUUAGCUUUUGGUGAAAUAGGGAGAGUGAGGGAUCUGGUUCUAAUUCUGAUUAUCUCUUGAGGAUAAUCUUUUAAUAGAUUUUUCCUUUUUAAUGGUAAAGGGAAGAGGUAAGAGCACCUCUUACCAUAUUGUUUGUGCACUUUGUACCCUUAAAAUCGAGUUUGUCUAUAUAAAGUGAAGGCAUCUGUGGUAUUAACACAUCAUAAGGCAACAUGCCUUUCAUCAUAUUCACUAUUCACUUCACCAGCCUCUGAAGCUAAUGACCAGGCGAGCCAAUCGCCGAUCCAAUGGGUUACUAGCCUUGGCGUGCUAGUCACCAGCCUCGGAAGCUAAUGACCAACCAAGCCAGCAGCCGAUCCAGUAGGUUAGAUGCAUGAGUUACCAACUUGGUCGAAUGAAUAGUCGGCUUCUCGUUACCCACCGCCGGCCUCUCCCCCGACUUCUCAGUAGUCUUAAUUUUGUCCCUUACCCUGCGCCAUACAAUGGUCUGUUAAGGGAGCAGCAAAUAUUGAGAUAUUUGUCUCAAAAUUGGUCAUUUCAGGAGUUACCAGCCAAAGAUCUAUUCUGGAUCUUGAGCCCCCAUUUGUUAUACUUUGAGGUUUUGUCAUUUCCUGUAUUAUUUUGUAGUUUGUUCCUCUCCUUGUGUGUCUUGUGGUUUUACUUCCUGUCUUUGCUUUCCCUCCAGUUUUGAUUGUUGGCCCUUCCUUGCUUGUUUGCACCUGUGUGUGUGUGUGUGUGUGUGUGUGUGUGUCCGUCCGUCCGUCCGUCCAUUUGGGGAACCUUUUGUUGUACCUGGUUUCCGUGGGCAUUCUUACUGUGAGUUCUGUUUUGGAUUCUUUGUCUCCUUUGGACCGAUUCUGGAUUUUGAACUUUGCCUGCUCCCAUUGGACUUGGUUAGCCUCAUUUGGACUCACUUCCCUGUUUCCACCCCUGCCAGCCGGUAACCCAUUUCCCUGGACCUAUAUCUGCCUAUUUUCCUGUUACCUGUCUGUCUGCCUGUAGCUGCCUGUAAACCACAUCACUCCCAAUAAACACUGUAGCCAUCCGGCUACUUCACCCUCAUACCGCUUCCUGGUCAUCUGCAUUUGGGUCCACAUACUACACAUCAUGACACCAUUGGGUUUUAUCCAAGAAAAUGGUCUUCUAUGUGUUUUUUUUUUUCUCUCCAAAUAUCAAAAGAGUUGACAUUUUUGAAUUCCUUCAAUACUAUGUUGUAGUGGUAAUCAUUAUAAAUAGGUGGACAUCUAUCUAACCACUCUUCUGGUGCCAUAUUACAAUCGCCACACAUUAAACCCUUUACCAGUUUGCUUAUAUUCAGCAAUCAUUUCUGUAAGAAUUCCUAAUAAUGUUUUGAGCAAUAUUAUUAUAUCCAUACACACAUAUAUAUAUAUAUAUAUAUAUAUAUAUAUGAACCAAAAUUGUAAAUGACCCCUCUAAGGUGAUUACCACAAUAAUCCAAUGACCAUCAGUUUUGAAUGUUACUACCUCCCCAGGGAAUCUAUGAAAACAUAUGGCUACACCCCCAGAUCUAUUACUGCUGUAAGAAAAAAGAAUCUUGUCUCCCCACUGGUUCUUCCAAAAUGUAGUGUCCUCUUCACAUGAAUGAGUCUCUUGCAGAAAUAUGUAGUGUGCUUUUAGUUCUUUACAGAACAAAAAAGUAGCCUUGCGCUUUGCAUUAUCCUUAAGACCUCUUGCAUUUAAUAAAUCCAAAAGGUCCGCGAAAGUAUGCCUUCUUCCCGGCCUUUCUCACUUCUUGUAUCUGAGGCCAUAGAGCUUCUCUAGCCUGUUUAUCUGGCGUGGUUAAAUCUUCAGUAAAAAAUAUUAUUACUGGGUCGGACUAUGACUUUACAAUCAUAGGUCCAUAAGUAAACUAUGUCUUAUCUGUUUGAUCCAUAUUUUCAUCUUCAGUUGCUGCCACCUGCAUUUUGAAUGGGUUACAGCUUAAUAAAUAUAUUUAAAAAUCAAAUGCAACAUAUAGUAGGAUUCCAGCACUCUAUCCAAUACGGAAAUUCAAGUCUGGUAAAUGAUGAAUGAGUGCACUACGCUGAAUAAAAUGUAAUAGUGUUAACUUACUGACUCCUUCUCCACUCCAGUUUUUUAAGAUAAAUGUCAUGGUCCACGUUGGCAUGCAUUCAUAUUUUUAGCUCCAAUGGAUUAAAAUGGAGGCUCUGCUCUUUAUUUACCCGUUGCCACAGUGAAUCAUAGUAUCGGAGCUCCACUGAUGACUUUUUUCAUUCCCCACUUAACUCAAGAGUUGUUUGAACUAAUUCUGAUCAGCUGUUCUGGAACCGAAAAUUCUGACCCUGCGUUCCAAAUCGCAUACCUUUUAUUUUUACUUUUAGUACGUACACAGCUGCCCUUACAAAGUACGUACUGUUGCAUGCAGUAUGCAUACAAUUUGGACAUACUUUUUCGUCAUAUCAUUGUGCCUUGAACUUUGACCGUCGCAGGCUACAUUGCUUAAUGUUACCUUGGAGAUACAAUAAAACGCCAUUUGCUGAGCUUGCCAGAGACAGAGGUCAACCGGAGAGCUUUGCUGUUGUUACUUUGUAAUGUAUGUAGUUUUAACUAAGUUACUUUGUAGAUUCUAACAUCCAGUAGGCUAUUCACAACAUUAACAUUACAUAUUAAUUUCUCUGUCAUUGGUAUUUUCAUAGUUAUGUCCUGUUGUCCUGUUGUUGUUAUAGACCAAGUUAUCUUUAUGGGGAUUUUUUUCACUUAAACAAUUCCUAUUGCUAUUAUUAUUAUUAUCUAUUUGACUGGUCCCCAGUAGGCAUGUUACCCCCUCUCACACAUAGCUCUAUGUUGCUGGCAGAUGUUUUUUUGUUGUUUGAAUAUAUUUUCAUGCAGAAAUGCAGCUGCUGGCACUAUGUUCUGUCUGCACAUGAAGCAGCCUUACAUUUAACUCAAUUUUAUUUGUAGUGUAACAUGCUUGCUGAUUCUGUUGAAUCAGAAAUCAGAAAUACUUUAUUGAUCCCCGAGGGGAAACUGUUUGUUGUGUAACACGUAUAAAUUUUUGCAAAACUUUAUAUGUGACAGUGUAUAAUCAGAUCAUUGCAGUCCUAAUAUGUAGUGUCUUUGUAUCUCAAACUGUAAAUAAACCAUGUAUGAAAUGAAGUGUAGCUGCUCUAGCACCACUCUAACAGUGCUGACAGGAUUGAGAAUAGUUAUAUAUAGUUAUAUGAAAUAUAAAACAGUUGUACCAAUAUAAAACAGACAACAGGCAGAAAUGGAUUUUACAGGAAUUCAAAUGAGGCUUUUGUAUACAUUGGAUCCCUUUAUUUAUCAAUGCGCUGUCAUCUGUCAGUCAUCUGUCAUCUGUCAAUCAGCUGUUAUCUGUCUAUGAGCUGUCAUCUGCCUGUGCUCUCUCAGCAGCUCAGUCGAUGUGACAUAUCUUCUGCUGCUCAGAGGAUUGUGGGUCAGAAUAGCCAGAAAUGCAUGCUGGCUUACACACUGCAAAAUGUGACCGGAUGCAGUAGGACAUCCUGGUAUUUUUGGCAUGUUGCAUAUGACAUAAUAUGUAUUGGGACAUAACAAAUAUUUUUCUGGCAUACUAAAUAGUAUGGUAGUAUGGAUAUUGGAACACACAGUGAGUUUCCCAUCUCAGACUUAAUCAACUCAAGAGUUCAGGGUUAGACUCAGAGUUUAUUAAACCUGCUUUUUGAAACAGGCCCCUGUUGUAAUUACUUGUAUGAUGUCAGGAUAAUAUUAUGCUCUGUUUCUUGUGUACCUUCGUUUAUGGAUGUUUGUUUUUUGCCAGCUCCCUGUUGGGCUUGUUUGCCUUUUUUGACUCCUUACCUGGUUGUCACCACUGUCUGCCUGUAACCUGAGUAAUCCUUGUUCUUUUCAUUAAAAAAAAACAGUUUGAACUGAA